AACGCCACUCCUAACCUUCCUUUUUACAUUAAUUUCUUUGCGGUGUACACGUGUUUUCCAAAAUGGCACCCGUCGAAGUUGCUAAAAAGUCCGCGAAAACGGGCAAAAAGAACCAUAAGCAUCCGCUAAAUAAAUAUCUUAGCGGCGGAGUGCUGCGAUACUCCAAAAGCCAGAUGUACAAGCGUCGCGCUUUGUACCGAUUGAAGAAUGUGAAACAACCUAUUGUUCCGAAAACCAAGAUCCCCAUCAAGAAGAUAAAGAAAAUCAAUGGACCGAAGAACGGAGGUGAACGUACCGUUUACCUAAAGAAACCAAAGGCCAAUUAUCCAACCAAACGUUUCGUCAAGAAGCGUCCCGCUAAGGCGUUCUUUAGCAACCACAAACGCAACAUUCGCCGCAAUCUUACUCCUGGACGUGUUCUGAUUUUGUUGGCUGGUCGCCACCAGGGCAAACGUGUUGUGCUACUGAAGGUGUUGAGCUCUGGACUUUUGCUCGUUACUGGUCCAUUCGCUUUGAACUCGUGCCCAUUGCGUCGCAUUUCACAGCGCUUUGUCAUCGGUACAUCUUCCAAGGUGAAUUUGGGUGAUUUAAAAGUUCCACAACACUUGGAUGAUGCCUACUUCCGUCGCUUGAAAAUCAAGAAGGAUAAGAAAUCUGGUGAGGGUGACAUCUUCGCUGUCAAGAAAGAACGCUUUGUUCCCAACGAACAGCGUAAGAAGGACCAGAAAGAGGUUGAUGCUGCCGUGUUGAAAGCAAUCAAAGCACACCCAGAGGGAAAAUUCUUCAAGAAAUACCUGCAAAAUAUGUUUGCUUUGCACUCAUCGCAGUACCCACAUCGUCUGCGAUUCUAAAGAUUGCAUAGGGGACGAAAUAAUGAAUGUUGUCGCGCAUUCAGGUUUUCUUUAGGAUUUCCGUUUUUUUAAUUUUUAUGUCAACACUAACUCAAAAAAAUAUAAAAUUAAAAACAAA